AUGGCUACUCAAGCUUCCCUCUUUGCACUUGUAAUCCCCAAUCAAACCUCCCCAUGGAAACAAUCGCAACCCAUCUCCUUCAACAAGGUCAAACCAUCCAAACCCACCACCCGUUUCACCACCAUCAAGGUUGCGGUGAUAGUGGAGGUCCCCACCAAAGAAGCUCCGAUGAGAUUCAUCCCACCUAAAAUCGACCCCAACACCUCAUCUCCAAUCUUCAUCGGAAUACCCCAUCAGAGUAGCUCCCUACGCCACUCCCAACUGCCAUGGCAAAAAACCCACUACCACCAUGUUUAUUUUGUCGAGAACAGGAGACCCAAACACCCCUGA